AUGGAUAUUCACAUCACGAUGAACGGGUCGUCCCGCACGCUCAAAGUGAACCCGCACGACACAGUGGGCUCUCUGAAGACGCGCAUCCAGCAGCAGCUCGGGGUUCCCGCCGAGAGGCAGAAGCUGAUCUUCAAGAACGGGGCCAGCACACCUCUGAACGACGACUCCAGGACCCUGAGCUCCUACAACAUGGAGCCGGGCUCCCAGGUGUCUCUGCUCAUCACCCAGCCGGAAACCCAGCCGGACACCCAGCCGUCCACCUUUCAGGUGUUCCUGAUAAACGAGAAGGGGACGACCAGCACCUAUGACGUCACACCCAACGAGAGGGUGGAGGGCUUCAGGAGGAGAGUGGAGAAAAGAGAGGGGGUCCCUGCGGGCCAGCAGAGGCUGAUCCAUGAGGGCCGCGAGAUGCAGACAGGAAAACUGUCUGACUACAACGUGAAGGAGCACAGCACCAUCUACAUGACUCUGCGUCUGAGAGGAGGCUGAGGACGCUGGCAACGUCAACAACACAUUCCAGACUUUAUUUACUUGUCAAGGCACUUUUAUGAUCAAAAUGCAUUCUCUGUACACAUACAAAAAAUAAUAAUUAUAUUACUGAAGUAAGUGAAUUGUAAUAUAUUAUCAAGUAGUCCAUUUGUACCAAUCAGUAAGUACAGCUUUUUGGAUGUUAUUGUUACUAAUAAUUCAGACUCAAGUUCUGUGAAUUUGUUCAAAUCCAAAUUGUAAAGUUUCUGUUCAGAACAAGAAACCGUCAACUUCCACAAAAUAGUCAAAAGAUGCUUUGUGACAAAAUUGGGGGCUUAGAAUUUAAGGGGAGAAAUAAAAAAAAAAAAAUUUAAAAAUGUGUCAGAACAACCAAAAAUAGUUUUUGUUGUGUUUAGUAGAUCUAUGGUGUGGGGAGACUUAAAUGACUGUAUGAAAGGAGCAGAAAGUCGCAAUAUAUUUUAUCUCCUAAUUGUUCCUGUUCCAAAUAAAUUAUGUAAAAUUGCAUGUA